UAGAGUUCCUAGAUUACACGACAGUAUGAAAGUUAUCUUUGCUGGGUACAGCAAAACCGGUACCAAGACAAUGAAUGCCGCGUUUUUGAUGCUCGGUUACAAAACCUACGACUGGUUAGAAAACUAUUGGUACUUGGGAUCGGAGUGGAACCGCAUCCUCACAUCCGGAGGAACGGUGGAAGAUUUUAGGAGGAUGUAUGAAGGUGUAGAUGCGGUUGUAGACGCACCUGCUAACCUUUAUUGGGAGCAAAUCUUGGAAGCAUAUCCUGAUGCAAAGGUGAUACUAACUAUCCGUGAAGAAGAGAGUUGGAUUAGAAGUGGAAGGAAACAACUUCACACGAUUGAGUCAAACCUGAUUCUAACUCUUAUGCAAGUUCUCACUUAUUCCGGGUGGCAAUAUUUCUUUUGGUCAAACAGAGUUAUGAACGCUAACAUUGGUACAUGGAGAGAUUGGCCGUGGUCUCGAUUUUCUUUUAGUCCAACAACAGCUAUUCGUCAAUACAGAGAACACAAUGCUUUCAUAUUACAAACUGUCCCAAAAGAUCAGCUGUUGGUUUACAAUCUCAACGAUGGUUGGGAACCUUUAUGUAACUUCCUUGGUGAAAACGUGCCCGACAAAAAGUUCCCUCAUUCUAACAUUGGAGCUUCAAUCGUUCAAGAGGUUAUUGACAAUCAUCCUAUUAUGAGGCGACUUAUUCGGGAAAUGAUGGUUUCAAUCGGGAUUUUGACCGUUGUUGGCGCAUACGGAGUUUUUAAACUUUGUUCAAGAACUUAUGCUAUUCAGAACUAUGUUAGUCAAUUUCUCAACGCAAUUGGUAUGUGGUGACAUGACAUGACAUGUAUUAUUAUAUAGUAGGGGUGGGGGGAAUGGGACACCUUUUUUAUUCUACUUUCUUGUCACAUUUGGUAGUAAACAAAGGAAAUAAUUAUAAAACCGUAUCUUCACGACUCCCAUG